CAGAUCUCGAAGUUCGUACUUUAAGAAGAGCGAAAGAAUAUGAUAGUAAAGAUUACACAAAAAUUUUUUUUGAUAUUUUUUCUCGAGAUUUAUUUUCAUAUCCUUUAUUAAAACAAGCUGAGAAAGUAUCAAAUCAAAUCGAUACUACACAAUUAGAUAUUUCUCAG